UUCGCAUGUUGUUGUUCGAAGAGUAAUAUUUCACACGGGAAUCAACUCUUCGGCUGAAGCAGUUGGUUUGGUUUUUUCCGGUGGCUUUGGUGAAAGGCUGUGGUACAAAAACGUCUGGGCAUAUUUAGUUUAUCGCUUACUCAGAAGCUCAAAGUGACUAUACCCGUUGAAACGACGGUUGCCGGAGCGUUUGGAAUGUAUACAUCGGACGAUUAACCUGAACGAUGGCUGAAGGCGACAGCUAUGGAUGUAAAACGUAUUUUUUGAUUUCAGUGGAAGGAAUCCUGUUUUUGUUGCAAUUCGUCCUUGGCCUCAUUGCCUUUGUAUUAGUUUUGAGCCAUGAAUUGUCCAGUAUCUUCUCUCAUUAUGGAUUCUUCAUUGUCGUCAGUGGUCUGUGUUGGAUUGGAGCAUUCCUCAUUAUCCUUUUCCAUAUGUGUGGCUGCUGUAAAGUUAACAUACUGGGUGUCUGGCAGAAAGAGUAUUCUCUGUGGAUAUUUUUGCUGAGUUACUCCCUGUCAUACUUCUUCUUUUUUCUGUUCUCCUCUGCUCUUUUGUCUCAGUGGACUGAGAAAGAGCCGGAAUUUAUCAUUGCCGCAAUCUGUGGUUUUAUACUGGCGAUUGUGUUUUUCAUCCUUUGUGUUAUGUACUAUAAGCGUGUCAGGAAAAUCAGACUGACAGAGGUGCUCUGGGAAGGAGAUAAAUCAGUGAGGGCCUAGAUGAGCAAUUCAAGAUGGUGCACUGGACUUAAGAAAUGCGUAUUUAACAGCGGCAUGUUUGAGCAUAGAAGAGCAUGGAAUUUGAACUUUGAAUAAGACUUUGUUUGGCCAUUAAGGUGUACAGAUGUAGCAUUUUGCUUUGGUAUAAUUUUAUGUAAAAAGGAAUAUUUGUGCAUAAUUUGUUUUACAGUAGUCUAGUUAGGAAACUAUCUCAUGCUAAAACAUUCCAUUUACACUGUAUAGUUUUUACAUGUAAGCAGGGCUGUGCUCUAGAAGUGCCCGGGUGCCUCAUUUGAACUUACUUGAAUUUUUCAUAUAAGCUUAUUAGUGAUGGGCACCCAAGAUUUCAUGGUCAGGAACCUUUGGGCCCCGUGUAAUUUUUCUUAGACCUGAGACACAGUGUUGGUGAGUGCUUAUUUUUUUUGGCCUUAGUAAUUAAGGUGCUGGUAGUUAACACCUUAACCUCAUUAUGGCACAAUCAGGCAGGCUUAAACAGUGGACUUCCAAAAUUUUCUGUCAGGUUGACCUUAAAGCCAACAAUUUAUAAAGGAGCUUUUUUUUUUUUUGCCCGGGCACCUCCCCUAGAUCCGCCACUGAUGAAGUUAGAAUUAAAUUUGCAGUACAGUACGCUGGUUUACCUACCACAACAACACUUCACAGGACCAAGAAUCUUGUGUACUUCUUGCUGAAUAAACAUGAGCUGCAGCUCUUUUCAAUGUGUAGA